AUGACCAGUUCCUCCACCACAGACGAGGUCCCUCCCCGGACCUCCAGCCCAGCUGCCGCCGCCGCCGCCGCCGCCGACUCCGAACCAGAGGCAGAGCAAGACACAGAGCCCCAGCCAGAGCAAGACACAACCCAACCCGCAACCACCUCCGCGACAGCAACCGCCCCAGCCUACUCUCCCAUCUACGCUACCGCAGAACCCAGCGACCUCCCAACCCAAGCAACCAAUUCCCUGGACACCCAAGUGCCAUUGACACCCGCAGCAGCCACUACCACCAUCACCACCACCGAAGACCCUCCAACAACUACAUCUACAUCUACAUCCCCACCACCACCCCAACCAGGCGCCCACCCUAUCCCUCCCCCGACAUCCUCCACUGACCAUCCAGCUCCAACAUCCACCACCACUACCACCACCUCGAACCCUUCACCACCACCCCCUGCGCCCAAACCAGCCGAACCUCCUCUUCCACCAACCAUCACACCAGCACCCACAGCAUCCUCCUACACCCCAACACCCCCAUCCAGCCAUACCCACCCCCAAAGCUACAGCUACAGCUACGGCAGCUACGGCAGCUACGGCAGCUACCGACCACCAACCCAAACCCAAACCUCCAACCCCGUCCCUAACUCGACCACAACACCCUACGGCUCCCUCUACCAGCCCCCCACGACAGCUACCACGACGGCCACUACGACAGUGACUUCUGCGGGGGCGCAGCUGCCACUGCAUUAUGAGCCGGAUGCGUCGUCGUCGGGGAGGGUGGAUCUGGGUGAUGCGGAGGGUGGUGAAGAUGGAGUGUGGGGGUGGAUGAGGUGGGCGGGACGGAAGUUGGGCGAGGUGGAGGCGGAGGUGUGGAGGAGGAUUAAUGAGGUGCAUGAUCGGUGA